UGGGCUCGCCCUCUUGGUUGUUGUCGACGUGUUUCUGCUGUGGGAGGUUCGCGUACUUCCUGGUUAUGCAUUCGGGAUAUGUGCGAAACUGAGUGGUCUUCUUAGUAUCGGCGAUUCAGUUAUCGAGUUAAAUGACAAUAAACAUCUUCCAUCAGCAAAGGGACCGAUAAACCUGUCAGCGACUCGUCCUGUGGGGACACAUUUGAACUAUGGCCGCCGACUGUGACACAGGCGAAAGCGGGGCUGGGCUGUGAUUAUGUGUUUGGAAAAAGUUUUCGUUCGAAAACGAUGAGUUGAAUUAAUGUGUUUGCAAAAAAAGAGAAAGAUAUUUAGCCAGCUGAUCUGGUGGAAGCUCAUUAGUUUGUAGCAAACGAAAAUAUUUCACUUCCUAACUCGCCAACCGCCGUGAUGGGUGGUGUUUGUGUUUUUCUGAGCGAAGCGCCACGUCAUUAGUUUCCGAAGGACACCCGCUGAAUUUGGCUGGAUUAAAAUUCGCCAUACAGUCUGCAUCUAAGGUUUCCCAGCCUCAUAGCUGCCCGACAUCGAAAGUUCAGCAAAUACGAGAGCGCGAAUUUUAACAGCAAGAUGACGGCGUCUAACUGGGGUCUGAUCAUGAACGUGGUCAACAGCAUCGUAGGAGUGAGCGUGCUAACGAUGCCCUUCUGCUUUAAGCAGUGUGGCAUCGCGCUGGGUACGCUGCUGCUCUUCUUCUGUUCGUGGAUGACGCACCAGUCUUGCAUGUUCCUCGUGCACUCCGCCAGCAGCAGCAAGCGCCGGACCUAUGCGGGACUGGCCUUCCAUGCUUAUGGGAAAGCAGGAAAAGCUCUUGUAGAAACAAGUAUGAUUGGCUUGAUGCUUGGAACCUGCAUCGCCUUUUACGUUGUCAUCGCUGAUCUGGGCUCCAACUUUUUUGCUCAGCUGCUGGGUCUUCAGGUGACGGGCAGUUUCCGGGUGCUGCUGCUCAUCGCCGUGUCGCUGUUCAUCGUGCUGCCGCUCAGCCUGCAGAGGAACAUGAUGUCAUCCAUCCAGUCCUUCUCCGCCAUGGCGCUCAUCUUCUACACCCUCUUCAUGUUUGUGAUGGUGCUGUCCUCUUUCAAACAUGGCCUCCUCAGUGGCCAGUGGACGGGGCGGGUCAGGCUGCUGCGCUGGGACGGGCUGUUUCGCUGUCUGCCCAUCUGUGGCAUGGCGUUCGCCUGUCAGUCGCAGGUGUUACCCACCUACGACAGCCUGGAUGAGCCAUCAGUCAAGAGAAUGAGCACCAUCUUCACCUCCUCCCUCAACGUGGUCACCACCUUCUACAUCACGGUGGGCUUUUUCGGCUAUGUUAGCUUCACGGAUGACAUUGCGGGGAACGUGCUGAUGAACUUCCCCUCUAACCUGGUGACAGAGAUGAUCCGCGUGGGCUUCAUGAUGUCUGUGGCCGUGGGCUUUCCCAUGAUGAUUCUGCCCUGUCGCCAGGCCAUCAACACCAUGCUGUUCGAGCAGCAGCAGAAGGAUGGGACGUUUGCUGCGGGAGGGUACAUGCCUCCGUUGCGGUUCAAGAUGAUCACCCUCUGCAUCGUCUUUGGCACCAUGCUGGGUGGAAUCCUUAUUCCUAACGUGGAGACCAUCCUGGGACUGACAGGCGCCACCAUGGGGAGCCUGAUCUGCUUCAUCUGCCCCGCCCUCAUCUACAGGAAGAUCCAGAAGAGCCGAUUCACUGCUCAGCUGGUGCUGUGGGUUGGCCUCGGUAUCCUGCUCAUCAGUACCUUCACCACCGUUUCCUUGUCAACCGGCGAUCCCCCCAAAGUCCAGCCCCCUCCCGCUCCUGCCAAUAACCAAAUGGACAAGGACUCUCUUCCUAAUGUCCCAGUGGAGAAGCCGGCGCUGGUGCCGGACGUGGCGGUUCAGGCAGGGAAUCCUGGGGGGGCUGGGCAACCUUUGGGCUGGGAGCCGGCAGAACCCCCCCAGAUCAAAGGCCCCGUGGAGAUACCCAAGAAGGAGGAGAACGUACAACUGGACCGACCCAAUGCAGGUGUAGCAGUGCCCGACGGAGAGGCACAUCGUCAUGAGCCUCCCAUCCCCCACGACAAGGUGAUGGUGGACGAGAAGAAGGACCAGGAGGAGCUGCAGGAGGAAGUGAAGCCUCCUGCACAGGAAGAGGAGGAGUCUGAGCAGGGGGCGGGGAAACCACAGGAAGCCCAGAAUAAGGGUGGGGAGGUGGGGGAGGAGUCACAAGGGAAGAGGGAGGUGGGCCAAGUGGCUGAGAAGGCUAAUGAGGUGAUGGAGAAACCAGCUCCAGUCAAUGAGAAGAAGGAGAAGCCGCCUUACAAGGACCUGGACAACCCUCCUGCUGACAAAGAGGUGCAUGCUGGGAAGGCUGAACAUGUCAGGGCGAAGUCUGAGGAGAUCCCUGAACAGCCUGUUGGGAAACGGGACCCCCCCCUGGCACCCCAGGAGGAGAAGGCGGUGCAGCCUGAGGCACCCCAGGAGCCCAAAGAGCGGAAGAGCCUGGAAGCCAAAGACACCGGCGCCGAAGACAAGAUGGAAGUGAUUAAAAAGCUGGUUGCAGAGGGGCAGUUGGACCACGCUGUGCUUCUGCAGGUCAUUAAGGAACAGCAGGAGCAGCAGAAGAGGCUUCUGGAUCAGCACGAGAAACUGCUCGCCGUGAUCGAAGAACAGCACAAAGAGAUCCACCAGGAUCAGCACCCUGCAGUUGUGGCCCCUGAUGCAGUGGGGGUGGAGAAGACAGGCCAGGGACCCUUGGAUGGAGCUGUGGGAGGCCAGGGGCCAGCGCUGGACUCUGAGCACCAGGACGGGGGCCCCCAAAAUGCCGCCGCCGCUGCCGAACCCCACAGGCCAGUGAAGGGGAGCGUCGCCCAGCAUGGAGGGAACGCCGCAGGGGAGGGGCCCCCGAAGGGGGCGCAGCCUCACGCAGAUUCCCAAGAUGCCCGUCAGCGGGCCAAGGACAGCAAAGAAGGAAUGGGCGUGGCCAAGCAGGAUCUGAAUGCUGGGGGGGUGGGAGCCAGGGGGGUCCCGCUGGGGGGCAAGGAGGCUGUGGAUUCUGAGCGGGACAAGGAGGGCCCCGCCCACUCAAAACCCCAGCAGGAGGGGGGGCCAGGUGGGGCAGGUCCAGAACAGGACCCGGAGAAGGAGAGAAUCGAAAAGGAGGUGAAAGCCAGAGUGGAGAAAGAGAGGAUAGAGAGAGAGAAGAAAGCCAGAGCACAGAAAGACAGGGUAGAGAAAGAAAAGCAGGAAAAGGAGAGGUUGGAGAAAGAGAAAGUAGAGAAGGAAAAGGUGGAGAAAGAGGAGAAGGAAAAGGUAGAGAGAGAGAGGGAGGAGAAGAUGGAGAGAGAGAGGGAGAAGGCUGGGCGGGAGAAGGUGGGGGAGAAGAGGAAGGGGGUGGAGCAGAGAGAGGGGGCGGAGCAGAGAGAAGGGGCAGCACAGCCAGCCAUUGAGAUUGAGGCUCAGGAGGUUAAGAAUAAGGCUGGGGCAGGGCCAGGAGUGGGGGCGGGGCCAGAGGCGGGGCUGGGGGCGGGGCUAGAACCGGCGCACUUGAAGAAGGGGGGGCGGGACCUGAAGGAGGAUGGGGCGGUCCCUCAGCAGGAAGUGGGUGUUGCCGGGGGUGGGGUUGCGGGCCGGGGGCAGGGCCUGGAUGCGGGCGGGGCACAGGGUAACGGGCGGCCGGGAGAGAUGGACCUGAAGCGGAGGAAACGGGCGCUGGUGGGCGGGGCUGAAGGGGCGGGGCUAACAGGACUGCAGCCCCUGCCAGACCUGCAGGCUGCUCUGGAGGCCCAGCUCCUGGGGGGGGCGCUAGUGCACACCCGGCAGAUCAAAGAAGCUCCAGAGCCUGAGAGAGAGAGAUAACACUCCACCAUACCUAGAAAGCACCUCCCCUGCUAACCACCGCCUCACAGAAGCGCCAUGUCCCAGUUUCUGAACAGUGACUCUACUCUCUGUGAUGUCAUUUAUAUUGUGUCCUAUCACGGUCCUCUUAGGCACUUCUUUGGUUCCCAUUUUUCUUCUGAUUGCUCACUGUUGGCUCAGAGGGGUGGGGCUUAAACCAGUGAGGCACAAGCUAACCAAUCAGAAGCACACGCUGAAGUGUCACACCAAAAGGAGGACUUCCCCCUUUCCACCUGAGCCUGAGGCACCCUGAGGUUUCCACAAGUGGGAAUUGGAUCCCCCAAAUUUGAGAAUUACCACAUUCCCAUGCGUGUGCAUGUGUGCAACCUGCCCCUGUACCCCCUCUUUCAGACCCUUAUCUGCCCCUGCACCCCCUCUUUCAGACCCUUAUCUGCCCCUGCACCCUCUCUUUCAGACCCUUAUCUGCCCCUGCACCCCCUCUUUCAGACCCUUAUCUGCCCCUGCACCCCCUCUUUCAGACCCUUAUCUGCCCCUGCACCCCCCCCCCUUUUCAGACCCUUAUCUGCCCCUGCACCCCCCCUUUUCAGACCCUUAUCUGCCCCUGUACCCCCCCCUUCAGACCCUUAUCUGCCCCUGUACCCCCCCCUUCAGACCAUUAUCUGCCCCUGUACCCCCCUUUCAGACCCUUAUCUGCCCCUGUACCCCCCCUUCAGACCAUUAUCUGCCCCUGUACCCCCCUUUCAGACCCUUAUCUGCCCCUGUAUCCACCCCUUCAGACCAUUAUCUGCCCCUGCACCCCCUCUUUCAGACCCUUAUCUGCCCCUGUACCCCCUCUUUUUGUACCCUGUUUAUUGUGCUCUCACCUUGUAGGCCUUAUAUGAACAGCACAUUGCUGUAUGGACACCCCAUACACCAGCACGUCAUACUGUAGCCCUCGUACAUGACUCCUGUAAUACGGCCUUGUGUUUGUGCUGUGACCAGCUCCUGGACACGUACACCGCAGGCCUUUCUGAAGUGCCCUUUGACCUGACUGUGCCUGUGUCUGCCGUUCCCUCUGGGCCACUGUCUCUCUCCCUGCUGGGUCCUCUCGGACAGGACACGCUGGGAGUGAUCUCAUUACGGAAUGCUGAGUGCGGCUGGCACAGAGCUGGAAUGUGUGUCUGCACCUGAGAUUCGGGAAGUCACCGUAUCUCCCUUUACGACCCUGUCUAUUUAAUAUAAAUUUCUCUCUUGUGUACAUUGUGUUUCCCAAUGUAAUGUAAACAGUGUAUUUGAAAAUGUUCCUGAACAUAUUCACACAGUCGGGGUGGUAGCCUGUUUCUCCCGGUGCUUCUUUGAGGAAGCCGUUUUGCCUCCGCUUAUGUUUUUAGGAGAGUAGCCCGGAGGUGGAGCCCUGGGGAGGGUGGAGACGCACCCUUUAGGGACACGGUCCCGCCUCCUGGAACACUGUGCAUUCUGUUCUCAGAGUCCUUCUUCCUCAGUGCCUUCCGCGCGUUUCCUGUGCUUCAGGGACUGAAGCCACAAGCUUGUUACUGCGCUGUCCUACGAAAGCCUGCCACCGUGUGGCUCGGCCCUGAACUGCAGCGAAGUGAGCGGCGUUGCUUGGAAACGCUGCAUAGGUGUGUUCAUAGGGUAGAAAGCCAGUUAUGAUUUUAUGGGACCCGAGUCAGCAUUUUUUUUCUUAAUUUUAAAAUUCCCGAAACCAUAAAGUACCUUUUUUUUGUAAUAUUUAAAACGUUCCCACAUGUAAGGAAAGAGAGUGAGAGAGAAAGAAAAACAGUCUCUGGGAGUUACAUGUCCAUGGCCCAUGUCAGAGCCCUGUUCAGAGGGAACGGCCCUUCUGAGGCCGUUACCCUGGCUGCAGGGCUGGCCCCGGGCCUACCUGGUCUCCACUGAAAGGGACCAAACGCUUUGCACAAGAAUACAAUCAAAGGAAGGUCCCUCGGUUUAGUUACACAUAUGGCAACAUCAGCCAUACCCAUCUUCCACAGCCUCUCUCUGGCAACAUCAGCCAUGCCCAUCUUCCACAGCCUCUCUCUGGCAACAUCAGCCAUACUCAUCUUCUACAGCCUUUCUCUGACACUGUGUGAAGAAUGUUUCUUUCUUUCAGAGGGAAUAGAAGUGUUAAAUGUCCUGUAAAAUAAACUGCAUUGGGAAAAGC